AUGAUUUACGGAUCUGGUUGUUUGGGUGGUGCAACUGAUGUGUGUGCUACAGUAGCUGAAGUCGGAUUGAGCUAUACUUUGGGAGUAAUAGCUGGAUAUGGGUUUGGUGAUUCCAAUACUUGUUCCUAUGUGUUAUUUUCCAGAACAAUUUUCUCUUGCCCAUUGGGAACAACAUCACAAGUUAAAUUGCCAAUUACUGGAACAAUUCUACCCGGACCUUCACUAGUUAUUGCUUGGUGUCAAGAGACGGGGACGAAUGCUGGGACUUGGUACUAUGGAAUUCCACCACUAAGUACCCCAGUGAAUUGCACUACUUAUUUUUCAGCGUGCAACAAUUGUCCUAAAGUCUAUGACAAUACGUGUCAAGGGUUUGGCAUUCCUAAUCUUCUUCAAUGGUGUCCUACAGCAGCUGAGGCCGCAAUUGAGUACACACUCGGUCUUAUCACUUCCAUUUUUCCUUUUAUUCCCUCAGAUUCUUGCGGAACUAUAAUUACUUGCCCACUCACUACAGCUCUAAGGAUCAAAAUAUUAGGCGCAGAAAUUCCCGCGCCAGUGUUUUAUGCUUGGUGUGAAGAAUCGGGUCCGAGAGUUGGAAAAUGGUACACAGGAACUUUUUUGACGCCAAUUGAGCUUGUUUCACUAGCCUGCAAGCCUCUUAUA